ACUCGCCUCUUUACAAGGCCCUGCCCCUCUGUGACGCUUCUUGAUUUACCCGUCAGUCAGCACCGAGCUUCACGGUGAGGAGGUGCGAGGGGAAAGCAGAUGAGAUGGGACAGACCGACAUCAACAUACCUGAAACAGGAGCGCUCUUCACAUUUGGAAAAAGCAGUUUUGCUGACAAUGUGCCAAGUACAUUCUGGGUGAAGAAUGACCACCCACUGCACAUAUCAUGUGGUGGAGAGCACACUGCUGUCAUCACAGGAAAAGGGAGGCUGCUCAUGUUUGGUGGUAACACAUGGGGUCAGCUGGGGCUGGGGCUUAAGCCCGUUACCAGCAAACCUGCCUCUGUGAAAGCCUUAAAGCCUGAGAAGGCGAAGCUUGUUGCUUGUGGGAGAGAUCACACAAUUGUCUGCACAUGGCAGGGUAGUGUGUAUGGUGCUGGCAGUAACCAGGAGGGGCAGCUCGGCUUAGGCCACUGCAACAACACUACAUCCUUUCAGAUGCUGCAUCCCUUCUGUGACCAUGCACCAAUCAAAAUGCUUUCUGCUGGCUGCAACACCUCCGCUGCCUUAACAGAGGACGGGAGGCUGUUCAUGUGGGGAGACAACUCUGUGGGUCAGAUUGGUUUGGGGGACGAGACGUUUGCAGCAGAACCCAGAGAGGUGAAUGUUGGGGAAGCGGUGACAUGGGUGUCCUGCGGGUACCAGCACUCAGCGUUUGUCACAGUGGAUGGAGACCUCUAUACGUUUGGUGAGAGUGCGAACGGAAGGCUUGGUCUCCAGAUGGGACAACUGGCCAAUCACAGAGUCCCUCAGCGGGUGCAGGGCAUCCUCAGACGUGUCACUCAGGUGUGCUGUGGAGGGGAGCACACUGUGGCACUCACAGAGGAGAACGUGUUCACAUUUGGCCGGGGUCAGCACGGUCAGCUGGGCCAUGGAACAUUUCUGUUUGAAGCUGAUUUGCCAAAACCACUGGAGCACAUUUGUAACAGUGGCAUCAAGCACAUCAGCUGCGGAGAAAACCACACUGCUGUGAUCACAAAUAGUGGGCUGCUUUACACUUUUGGCGAUGGUCGCCAUGGAAAACUGGGGUUAGGGGAGGAGAACUUCAUCAACCAGUUCAGCCCGACACCUUGCACACGUUUUCUCAAGUACAGCGUACAAUUCGUGUCCUGUGGGGGAAACCACAUGCUGGUACUGGCUGUACCCAGACCACCAGAGAGCCCAGAAGUGGCACCAGAGAUGGAUGUCCCAAUCACUGAGAAUAUUAUGGAGUCAAAUUGCACAGAAAUUCUCCAACUAGACCCUUUGUAUGAUCCUACUCCAGUAGUUACAACCCCACACGGGGCCCCAGCUGCUCGAGCCCGCCACAGAGAAAAAGAAAGUUCUGUCGAGCUGUUUGGGGAGAUGUUCGACAACCUCCCUCGUCUCAGUGCAGGCUUCCUCAACACCUCUUGGCAGAAAUCCAGAAAUAUCCUUAACCCUAAACAUCCUUCAAACGAUUCGACUAAUUCGUCAUCAUCCCCCAAAUCUCAAUCAGAAGUAACACCAAGCCCACCGAUCUCCCCCAGAUCUCCGUCCAAAUCCCCUCUGAGUCCAGUGUUAUCCUUUAAGCCAUCAAGCCCAGAUUCUCAGUCAUCAUGCACGCCUCAGAAUAAAACCUCUUCCACCACCCCCUCUAAGUCUAAAUCCAAAGAGGUGCCUUCUCCCUUAUUGUCACCUAAGUCUGUAACUAAACGUAACCCUAACAUCCCGGUAUCCCCUAAAAGGACUGCAAGAAAAAAACUAAGUGACAAAACGCAGUCUCCUCUACCACCUAAAGAACCCUGCAGCCCCAAUAGACCCCCUAGUCAUGUUUCCAAUAAGCAUCUCAGUGAGGAAGAGCAUCCUGCUUCGCCACAAACAGAUGGAGAAUCUGAAAGAAAAAUGGUCAUAGAAGAUGUGGAGGAGAAUACCUCUGAGAACUGUGACUUUUUGCCAAAUAUGGAAAAGAAAAAGGGCAGAGCUCUUAGAAGAGCUGUGAAAGAGGCAGAGGACUUUGCUGAACAGCUUUUCUCCAAUGGGAAGGCAGAACAAAACCCUCACAAGGCCUUAUCCACAGAGCCCCUGAAAGGCUCCAGCUCCUUAAAGAAAGAAGUGUCUCUGCUAAAGAACAUUAGAAAAAACUCCAAACAGACAUCUAAAGGCAAAGAAAACAUCACCAAACACGCCAAUACAAUCAAAACUCAAGGAGACAGACAAACUCAAAAACUCUCUCAAGAGCUCUCUCCUUUUAAAUCUGGUACAUCAAAACAAAGCAAGUCGUCAGAAUUGAGCUCAAAGACUCCACAAUCUGUCUGGAGGACACUGACUGAGCCACAACAGAGACUGUCUGAGGUGAAAGGAAAUGCCAGGAGAAAUAGAAAUUUAAAAGAAACUUCUGUGAAUCGAGACGACGUGAAAGCUAGCUCCUUUAAUGAUGACUUGAAAAAGACAACAGGCUCACAGAAAAAGGAGAAAAGAAAAUCACCAGCUUUAGACAAGACAUCCCCUGUUAUUGAGGUCACUACAGGAAAUGAUAUGACCAGCAUGUCUGUCAAAAGUGGAAAUAUGUCAUCUGUAGAAAAUGCUGCAGAGGAAGAGAGCAAUCAUGCAGAAAUCCAGAAUAAAACCGCGGAUGUCAAACCUGUUAAAAUGGAGGUGCAACAGGAGACACAGCAGGUCAAAUCGACUCCAACAAAAGAUCUGCACAAGGUUAAAUCUAAAGGUCAAAGUAAAGCGCAGGAUGUUAAAUCACCACCAGUGAAAAAAGAAACCACUCCUUUCACCACACCUGUUCAGGCUAAAUCUAAGAAAUCUCUUGGUGUAAAAUCUACACCUGUGAAAGUUAAAGGGAAACCUCAAGAGGUCAAAUCCACACCAGUCAAAACUCCAGUUAAAAGUAGAAGCAAAGGGAAGGGUGCAGAAAAUGAGUUAAACUUUGCCAAGAACACAGCUCAAAAAAUUAAAGAUAAACCUGUUGAUAAGCAGAAGUUGCCCGAUGAUGACAGCGCUAAUCUAACUGAGAAAAAGAAGGUAAAAGAAUCUAAACUGAAGGCAAAAACAAAGCCAGGAGAAGGAGAAGGAGAGAAAAUCAAAGGUGAAGAUGAAGCUGAUGAAGACACUAAAGAUAAUACUAGGGCCAAGCCGAAGAGUAAUCUCCGUGGAGGCUCCAGCCAGCUGUUAUCACAGCAGGAUGCACCUACCGAAGUGAUCUCUACCCCCAUCUCCUCACAGAACCCUGCGAGAACAGAGGUGAUUUCCGUCAGUGAUGCCAAAUCCCUUCAAGGCUUUGAACCUGUUGAUAGAGAUCUGCUUGUUUCUGAAAGAGACAGAGAUGAUAUUCAGUGCCUGACAGAAGAAAAACCAAGGUGGGGCGAAAUUCUCAGUGAUGCAGCCUCUGUUCUUCCUGCUGUAGGGAUGGCAGGUGCAGCGAUAGAUGUCAUUAGUGAAGCGUUGACAAGUGUGAGGGGUUUUCACUCUGAGAGUGACACAGUUACCUCUACACCACCUAAAACAUCUAGCCGAGCGAACCAGUUCACAAAGCAGACUGCAAUUAUGCAGCCGUCAUUCUCCUCGACAUUGUCACAUUUGUCUUCAGUGGAAGGAUCAAAUGUAAUAGAAGAAAGCAACAGCAAAGAUACAGAGUCAGGAAAUGUAGUCAAAGAAGAAGAAAGUUAUUGUACCACUCAUGAUCAGUCAGAGCGGGAGGCGAUGAAAAGUGACACAUCUGAGCAGAUUGAAGGUGAAGACGUUUCACAAGCAGAGGUGCAAAAGAGCAGCACAAACACAGAAACUUCCCAACAAGAACAUGAAGAAGAGGAGGAUGAAGAUGACACAACCUAUAAGGCUUCUGAAGAGGAUGAGGAUAAUGAGGGAGAAGAAACAGACACUGAGGAUGAGGAGCAGAAAGAAGAUGAAGAGGGAGAAAGUGGAAGCGAUGUGGAGGACAAAGAAAAGGAGGAGGAAAGUGAAAGGAGUGAUGUCACAGAGGCUGAAGAGGAGAGCGGCUCUGGGGAGGGCGAAGAGGAGCAAGACGAUGCAACUGAGGAGGGAGAAGAGGCGGAAACAGGAUCCAGCAAUGAUGAAGAGGUUGAAGUAAGCGAUAAGAGUGAUGCUACAGAAACUGAAGGGGAGGAAGAAGAGGGAGAAGAAAGCAGCGAGGAAUCUGAAGCAGCGGAGAAGGAGGAAAGUGGAAGUGAAGAGGAGUCCAGUGAGGAAGACAAUAAAGAGGAAGAAGAGGAAAGUGAGGCGAGUGAUGGUGAAGAAGAUGAAAGUGGCGAAGAGUCAGGAAGUGCGGCUAGCAGCAAGAGCGAAGAGUCUAAAUUGGAAGAGGAGGAGGAGGAGGAGGGAAGUGACGCUGCAGAGUCUGAUUCUGCAAAGAGUGAAGAAGAAGAAAAUGAUGAUGAUGUUGAUGAAGAAGGUGAAACUGAAGAGGAAAGAGAUGAUGAAGAUUCCACUGAAAGUGAGGAUGAGGAGAAAGACUCAGAGGAUGAAGGGACAGAUGAGAAUGAAGAAGAGGAUGAUGAUGAUGAUGAUGAUGACGAUGAUCAGAAACAGGAUGAAGUGAGUGUUGAAAAUGAGGAGGAAGACAGUGAGGCUGUUGGAGAAGAGGAAGAGGGCGAGGAAGAUGAGGAAGAGGCAUCUGUAGAUGAGAGGAGUGAGAAAGAGGCUGAGGAGGAAGAGGAAGGGGGUGAGGAGGAGGAAAAUGAGGGGCAAGAGGAGGAGGAAGAGGAUGAGGGAGGGCCUGAGGAAGAGACGGCAGAGGAGGAGGAAGAAGAAGAGGGUGAGGAAGAGGAAGAUGAGGGAAAUGAGGAGGGUACAGAGAAGGAAGAAGAGACAGCAGAGGACGAGGAAGAUGAGGGUGAGGGAGAGGAAGAUGAGGGAAAGGAGGAGGGAACAGAGGAGGAGGAAGAGAUGGCAGAGGAAGAGGAAGAAGGAGAGGGUGAGGAGGAGGAAGAAGAGGGUGAGGAAGAUGAGGAAAAGGAAGAGGGUACAGGGAAGGAGGAAGAGACAGCAGAAGAGGAGGAGGAGGAAGAAGAGGGUGAGGAAGAGGAAGAUGAGGGAACAGAGGAGGGUACAGAGAAGGAGGAAGAGACGGCAGAGGAGGAGGAGGAGGAAGAGGGUGAGGAAGAGGAAGAUGAGGGAACAGAGGAGGGUACAGGGAAGGAGGAAGAGACAGCAGAGGAGGAGGAAGAAGGAGAGGGUGAGGAGGAGGAAGAAGAGGGUGAGGAAGAGGUUGCAGAGGAGGAAGGAGAAGAGGAAGAGAGUGAAGGUGCGGAGGAAGGAAUAAAAGGAAAAGAUAAAGGCAUGGAAGCUAAAGAAAAGGUCAUGGUAGAGACAGAAGAGGAGGAGGAGGAAGAAGAGGAGGGUGAGGAAGAGGAAGAUGAAGAAGAGAAUGACACGCAAAUUAAACAGAAAACAGAGACAAGACUCAAGAAAAGUAAGAGAGAAGAGGAGACAAGUGAAGAGGAGGAAGAGGAGGGUGAAGAAGAGGAGGGAGAGGAAGAGAAAGAAGAUGAUGAAGAGGCAGGAGAGGAGGAAGAAGAGGAAGAGGAGGAGGAAGAAGAAAAGGAAAAGGUAAAAUCGGCAAAAGCAAAAGAAGAAGACAAAUCGCCUCCUAAAUCUGCUCCUCCAGACAGGAAGGAGAGAGAAACGCCCAAACCAGCGCCGAGGACGAAGCAGAGAGCAGCAGGGGAGACGAAACCUGACGACCCUCAACAGUUCUGGAACGACGUGCUGCCGCAGUACCUCGACCUGCAAUGACAUCAUCAAACGCCGUCCCUCAGCUGAAAGAACACACAGACUCGUACCAACCAAUCAGCUGCCAGAGUGUCGGUAAACGUUUUAUAUGUAUUUAUUGUCAAAAAACAAGUCAAAUUCCAGGAAGAGACCAGUUAGUUAGUCUGACAUCCUGACUGCCUCUUGAAAAAUACGUCACAGAUAUGUCGUUUAACUUUUAAAGGGGACAUAUCGUGCUUUUUGUGAUUUUCUGUCAUUUAUAUACUGUUAUAAUGUCGGAUGUUUAUGUUAAACAUGGUCAAAGUUCCAAAACUUGUGUUGAACGUAUUUAAAAUGCCGCCUUCAAGUCAAAAGUCAGGGCUCAACCUGCUCUGAACGAUUUGAUUGCAAAGUUACCUCUACUUCCUCCUCACGAUGACACGCAACAAACGGGCGUCUGUUCCAUAGUCUUUGUUGUUAUGGUUGUUAAUGUUGUUCGUGUUGUCCAAUCGCAUUUUUUGGAUCGGAUUUGUGUGAAUUUGAAGUGAAGUGAAAUCCUACGACUAUUGUUUGUAAGUCUGUCGAGGGACAGGAGCUGACCAAUCAGAACAGAGUGGGCUCAACAGAGGGGGGCCUUAAAGAGACAGGAGCUAAA